CAACAUGGCUGCUGCUGCACAGCGUGCAAUACUAAAUGAGGCCCAGCAAUUAGCAUUAGCAAAGUAGCAACGAGUAGAAACAGCAUAUUGAAAACAUCGUCACAAUGACAUCAGGCCCGUAACCGGGGGGAGGUAAGUCAGACAUGCGGCUUGCACGGGCGGGUGCGACGUAUGAGCUAUCCAGAUAUAAUACAGAUCAGUGGUUGGAGGAUUGCAACAGGAGUGGAGUUCAUCCCCCCAAGUGAUGAAAUGUCCCUGUGCAGUCAGCACUUUGUGCAUUGUUCAUCCCUGCAAGCAGGACUUCUCACCUUUCCUCCAAAGCAUUCAACGGCAGACCAUAUGAAAGCAGUAGAAAUAAUACAUUUGCGACAUGCAAGGCAAUGCCGGAUGUGACUUUGAUACUCGUUCUGGAAGACAAGCCGGAAAACAGUGACCCAGCUAUGCCUGGUUUCACCCAAGAAGCCUGCUAAAUGAGCAGUAAAUUAGAGCCAUGUCACCAGCAAAGCCACGAGGUCAGCAAAAUAAGAAGCACAAGGAGGCCGAAGAAGGAAAUGAAGAAAAUGAUAGGAGGCAAAGUGAUUCCAAAGCGUCACGCCCUCUAGGUACGGCGCACCAUGGCAAAAGAAAUGUGUUGAACCUGAAAGACAACACACCUGGAAGAAAGUUAGGGAGAAACUGUAGUGCUGAAAAACCCAUCAAACGAGGUAGGACAAACAGAGCGUACCUCUUCAAGACAGAAUUCCAGAAAAAUGAUACACAAAGCGAGGAAUCUGAGAGUGACACAAAGUCCGAAGAGGUGACAGAGGAGGAAAGUGACGUGAAAGGGGAAGAAGAGGGUGAGGAGGAGCUUACUGAGAGUGACAGCAGUGAGGAAGAAAGGACUGAACAUUCAGCUGCUGAACAGACAAAAGGGGAGGAAUCUGACCAAGAACUUUCAGAGCAAUCAGUAUCCACGAAUGACUCUGAGGUCCAACCACUCUCAUCCGGAGAGGAUGGCGGCAAAAGAGGAGCUGUAUCCAACGUAGCGAUCCAAGACGUGGGUGAAGACGAAGAAACGCAUCAGGACACAUUUGGGAAGCCAGCAGUUGAUAAAGCCAGGAGACGCGUACCACAACCCACCAAACGCGUGCAAGAGCCGAAAUAUAAGAUGUUUGGGAAAAGGAAAGCGGAUAGACGGGCAGAAAAGGAAAAAGCAGAGAACCGCAUGUUAGAGAAAGAAUCCCAAAAAAGGGAAAAGCAAGAAUCAAGGAAUAAAAAAAGAGAGCGAGAAAAAGACCAAAGAUCCAAACCAUCCGUUCAUCUGGAGAAAGCAGCUGAAGAUGAGCAAGAAGAGGAGACUGAAUCAACACUGACCAAAGCCAUGAAAUGCCAUGGCAACGUCAUGCUUCUAAAAGACAAACGUCAUGACUUCAAAGGCAUUUUCAAGUCUGAAGCAGUAAAAGCCAAACAACGGGAAUCUGUAAAUAUUGGAGAAGAAGACUCGCACAGUUUGCUCUUGGGCAAUGUGACGAAAGAUUCUUUUCAACACAAGGCUGAUAUGAAACUUCUCCAAACCGGUGAUGGAACACCAAAGGAGCAUCUGGUAACACAAAGAAAGGGUGUGGGAGCUCUCUGUCGAGUGUCUUGCUGGUUUCACAGGAAAAGGCCCAAAAGCGCUAAGUUCAAGAAAAUGUCUUUUUGGUCAAAGGUAAUUGGUGUCUCGCGAUGGCUCUCAUUUCCGUCCAUAAAACGGAAACGGAGAAGAACAAAGUCCAAAGAUAGCCUCCUUAAAAAAUGGACAACAAAGCGAGUUGUCAGUAAAACUACCAAAGCCCAGCGUUCUCCUGAGGACAGAAAAUCAGAAGAAGUCCAGGAAAGACCUGACAAGAAAGAGGUGGAGGCCAAAUAUGCUGUAGUCCUCCCUAGGAUGAACAAAGCUGCAAAGACAGACGAACUCCCUGGAACGUCUACGCAAGCAAGCACCUCGAAAACUGCAGGAGAACCCACAGUCUCUGAAGAAAAAACACCCAAAAACCCACCAAAGUCAGGUAGACGGUCUGUGCUCCCCAUCAAAGCAGAUAUUAGUGUGAAAGCUAGCAAGAAGCCCUUGCAAGGACAGCUACAAUUAGGUCGAGCUGUUGAAAAGAGGAGCAAUGGUCUUGGUGUUGGCGCAGCAUCACGACAAGGAGCAUCCCACACCGAGGAAGCAGAUGACACGGCUACCCUCGGUCAUCAGAAUGGAGUCAGUGUGCUACAGGCGGUACGAGGGAAGUUGGACCCUUCUCAUAUCAAUCUGACCAAGAUGUCCUUGUCAGGGGGAAAGACAGGUGCUACAAAGAAGCCAGCCAAGGAGCCAGAAGCACACGGGCACGCUGAAGAUGGCACACCCAUGUCUACCACUCUGCCCCUUUUACAUGGAAAUGUUUGCUCAUUGUAUGAAGAAGAGGCAGCAGACAGGGAGGUGGCUCAGCUGAUGAGAGAAGCUCUUCACUGGGCUGGGAACUCCCAGAUUACUGGUGACCCAAAGGACUGGUUGAAUGUUGAAGACCUGCUGCCUCACCAAACAGUGGAGAAGUUAACCAAACGUAUAGUUUGUGACCACGGGCAACAGGCCAGGAGUCUUGCAGCACACACGGACAAGCUCCUCUGGGAAUCCGAUGAUCAUAUCCAGGAAAUGCUGGAGAGUCGACUUGUCAGCACACAGGUGAUGAUGCAGGGCAGCAAAAAGGCUUUGGAGCUGGACCAAGUAGAGGAUCUGUCCCAGUUACAAGAGGUGUGUGACAGCUCAGUGCUUCUAAGCCUAAAGAAGAGGUUUCAUCGUGACUGUAUUUAUACCUACGUUGGAAACAUGCUACUCUCCAUCAACCCCUACAAGCCCCUGAAUAUCUACUCAGAGGAACUGAGACAGAAAUACCAGAAUAGAGAGCAACAGCGAAACCCCCCGCACGUGUACGCUAUAGCUGACGAUGCCUUCAGACAAUCUCAGGCAUCCACACAGGAGCAGUGCAUCAUCAUAAGUGGUCAGAGCGGUGCAGGAAAGACUGAAGCUACCAAGCUGGUGGUCCAUUACAUAGCUACCACGUAUCAGGGCAGAAGCUUCAACCUGCGUCAGCCUAUGGAGGUCUUUGCCAUUCUGGAGAGUUUUGGGAAUGCUAAGACCAGCCUCAACAACAACUCGAGCCGCUUUGGAAAGUACCUUCAUGUUCAUAUUCUCAGUGGUGUCGUUGUGGGGACCUCCUUGUCCAAAUAUCUCCUUGAAAAAUCCAGAGUUGUUUUUCAGGCCAUUGGGGAGCGGAACUACCAUGUGUUCUAUGAGCUUUUGGCAGGUAUGAAUGACUGGAACAAACGAGACCUCUACCUUCAGGGAGCUGAGACUUAUUACUACCUCAACCAAGGUGGCGCCUGUGAGUUGAAGGGGAAGAAGGACAAACAAGACUUCCAGUUGUUAGUUCAAUGCUUUGACAGAAUUGGUCUCAGUGCUGACCAGACCUUCACCAUAUGGGCCAUACUUUCUUCUAUUCUGCAGCUGGGCAACAUUUGCUUCAGUUCACAUGAGAGUGAGUCGUUUGAGGUGGCUCUCAUCUAUAGUGAGUCUGAGGCCAGGAGGAUCAGCUCUUUGCUUCAGAUAUCUUAUGAAGCAUUACAGACCAUCAUGACACACAGAAUCACAGAGACAACCUAUGACAGGAUCUAUUGUCCCCUAUCUGUUGAGAGUGCCAUAGAAUCAAGAGAUUCCAUUGCCAAAGCCUUGUAUUCUGUGCUAUUUGACUGGUUGUUAGACCAGAUCAAUAACUGGCUGAAUCCCACAGAAAUGGACAGCACUGUGGGCAUAGUGGACAUCUACGGCUUUGAAGACCUUGGCAUCAACAGCUUUGAGCAGUUGUGUAUCAAUUUUGCCAAUGAGCACCUGCAGCACUUUGUCAAUCGCACAGUGAUCACUCAAGAGCAGGAUGAGUAUACUGCAGAACAGAUCCAGUGGUACCCAGUGUUAUUGAAGGACUUCAACUCCUGUCUGGAACUAAUCUCCUCCAGGCCAUACGGCAUUUUCCGCAUACUCGAUGACCAGACCUGCCUCCCUCAAGCCACUGAUCACACCUUCCUCCAGAAGUGCCAUUACCACCAUGGAAACAGUCCUCACUAUGCCAAGCCCAAAAAGCCUGUGCCAGCAUUUACCAUCUAUCACUAUGCUGGAACUGUCACAUAUCAGGUUCACAAUUUUCUUAAUAAGAACCAUGACCAAUUCAAGACAGAAGUGGUGGAACUUUUUGCCAGCAGCCAUUUAAAGAUGGUGUCGGAGCUGUUUGGAAAAGUUAAGACCAGAUACACGCAACAAAGGCAGUUAGACUGGAGAAGGAAGGGUGUUCACCAGCAACCCUCAACUGCUGCAUCACAUUUUCUACAGUCCCUGACUGAACUCACCACCCGCUUGGAAAGAUGUAAAACCCUUUUUAUCCAUUGUCUCAAGCCAAACUACAGUAAGCUUCCUGGGAUGUUUGAUGUGGACUAUGUGUCAGCCCAACUUAAGCAGACUGGGAUGUUGGAGGCCAUCCACAUCCGGAAAGAGGGUUAUCCUAUACGCCUCCUGUACGCCUACUUUGUUGAGAGGUAUGGAGUGUUGUCCACACAGCACUUUGGUCAUGUGACAGACCGAGAGCAUGCACUGACUCUUUUGGAUUUGCUUGGGGCAGAUGAGGGACAAUACCAGCUGGGACUGACGAAGGUGUUUCUGAAGGAGCUCCUGUACCGGCAGCUGGAGGAGAAGUGGAGUACCACUCAGACAUGGGCUGCAGUCACCAUCCAGCGGAACAUCAGAGGUUUUCUGUGCAGGAAAAACUUUAAGUUCUUCAAGCAGAAAGCUAUCAUCAUCCAGAGCCAUAUCCGAGGACAUCAGACAAGGAAGUACUACAAACGCCUGAAGCAGUCCUUUACUCAGUUCUGGGCUGUGAUGAUGAUAACCAGGAACACCAUAAAGAGACGCCACUGGAGGAAACAAAUUCAGGACAAAAAGAAAGCGACCAGUUUGAAAAAGGCAUCAGUGCUCCUAACCAUGGAUGUGGGGAUGUUGGAGAUUCCAGCUGAGCUGUCAGCAAGGUUUCGCAGUGCAGCAGGGCAUCAACAUGCAUUAACAGUGAGAGAGGUUGCUCCUCCACAAGUGAAGGCGAUGCACAAGCUCAGUCUGCCUCAAGACAUAGACAGAUACCCAUUCUCUCACUAUGUCAAGUCCAUAUUGAAGGAUACAUGGUGCCAGCCUCAAGGAAUUUCCCUCCAGAGAGCCCUCACCCCUCUUGAAUUAGAUGAUGCCAGGAUUGCACUGGAAGUUUACAAACUGAUCAUGCGAUUCACAGGUGAGUCAGACCUCAGCAGCUGGCAGGAGCAGAUGUUAGGAAAUUACGUAAUUGAGAAAGGCCAGAGUCGUCCUGCCUUGAGAGAUGAGAUCCUGGCCCAAUUGGUUUACCACACAUGGGACCCACAUGAACAGCAGAGUAGCCGGCGAGGCUGGCUGCUGCUGGCCUGCUGCCUCAGUGCCUUCACUCCGUCACCAAUACUGGAAAAACCCCUGCUUAAGUAUAUAUCUGACCAGGCACCUAUGGAAUACCGUUCACUGUGCCAACACAAACUGCUCACAUCUAUGCAACUCCCAGCCCCUAUUUCCCGUAUUUAUCCACCCACCCAGCUGGAGUGGACCACCAACAAAAGGAAAGGCACGAUGGCUGUGGAUGUAUAUACAUUUAAUGAUGAGAAGUGGACAACUGAAGUAGAGUCCUGGACCACGGGAGAAGAGGUGGCUGCAUGGAUUCUUCAUUUCAGAGGUAUGACGGAGGCGACAGAAGGGUGGUCUGUGUCUCUUCUGACGGAUGACGGGUGGUCUGAUCUGGUCGGCUCAGACAUGGUCAUGGAUCUACUGGCUGGCACAGAGACAGAAGUUGUGCCACCACCAGGCACCCCCUUGUCAACCAAUUCUGAUUACUUGUUCAGUGGUCAAGGAGACAGAACACCGGUUACAGAUCUUGAUGACUUCAUUCCACCGGCACCUGCCAUGGAAGCUCCAGGCCUGCCUCCUUUUCAAGGGAGCCCCUGGGGAAGAGAUUAUCCACAGGAAGGCCGUCGUCGACAGAUGGAUGCCUACGUUGAUGACUUGUUUGACCUGGAUCAAGGACAAUCGGACACGGAAAGAGUAGCCAUGCUAAACCGCAGGAUGCGAGGUGGAGGAGGCAUUGGACCGAUGCAGCCUGGUUUAUACAAUCCUGGUAUGCCGACUUUAAUGCCAGGCUAUCCCAUGGGAAUGCCAGUCAGCCCUUCCAUCCCAAGUUAUGGUACAACCCCGCUGAUGCCAGCCAUGCCAGCCAUGCACACCAUGCCAGGGAUGAUGAUGCCUCAGGCUGCUGUUCCCACAAUGAAUGAUCCCAUGCAGCUAGCAGCGACACAGCAAGCCCUCAUCAACCAACAGGCUCUUCUCAUGGCUCAGCAGAUGACCAUGCAGGCGAUGACUCUGUCCCAGCAGCAGACACAGGAACAGCAGCGGUUGAGGGAACAGGAGAGAAAGCAGGAACAGCAGCAGAGGUUGAGGGAGCAUAGACCCACAUCCCUCCCCCAAUCUCCACCUGCAGGCCAGCCUAAUACACCUUUGCCAAAGGUCGAUGACCCACAAGGAGUAGAUUCACAGAGUGCAGGCAAGGUGCCGUCUUUUAGAGAUAAACGGCAGUAUUUCCAGAAUAUUGGUACAUCUAAAACCGAGGUGCCACAGGGACACCCCUCUACCCCAUCCCAACAGCAACACAGCGUACAAUCAGUGCGCACACCCCCUCCUCCCACAGCACCCAAACCCAAAGUGAAGGGGCUGCCUUCCACUCCUGCCAGCAAAACCGAAAGGCCGACCCCAACUACGCCCUCUAAGGAAGUGUCUGAGCCCACUUCCAACAUUCGGGAAAUCAUCAGGCAGUUCAACAGUCGACCCCAACCAGAACCCAGAAACUUUGAGCCUAUCAGAGCUCCUGCGAAGCAGUUUGUGAAAAAGGUGGAUCACAAACAGGAAGCUCUUGCCAAACUCAGACAAAAAGCACCAGUGCCGCAACAAAAGACGCAGUGGGUGGCCUCCCCAGCAGGAAAAAAGCAGUCUCCUAUGAGUACUCCAUCCCCACAGUCCUCUCCUGCCUCCUCUGAAGGUCGUCGUGUCAUUUCCAGCAACAUGAGGCAGAAACAACGCUCGCUGGAAGAUCUAUUUGGUUCGCAACGCUCUCGGCACGUUUUACCUCCUACCCCCGACUCUUCACCACCUCCCUCACACCCAACCACCAUCCCUGAACCACCAACCAUGGCUGCUCCAUCUCUGAGUAUGAUGCCAGAUGACAAGACUACCCACUCUGAACUUCAUCCUUAUUCUCCUGGUGUUUAUUUGUCUUUCUGCACCAUGCCAGGAAAACUCUUCUUGCGGAAAGAGGUCUUUUACCCAAAAGAGACGUUCAACCGACCAUACAUCCUCAAUCUUUUAUGUGAACAGAUCAUGAGGGACACUUACUCUGACAGCUGUGUGAAGAUAAGCAGAGAGGACAGAAGGAAGAUGAAAGAUCUGCUCGGUAAUCUGAAUGUGGGAACUAUGAACGCCAUGCAGGAUGACAGUUUAAAGAAAAGGAUUGUCAUUGCUGCUCGGGACAACUGGGAAAACUACUUUUCACGCUUAUUUCCUGUACAGUCAGACAGUGAUGACACUCAGAUUUUGGGCGUGUGCCAUCGUGGCAUUCGGCUCCUGAGAAUGGUUGCAGCAUCAGGCAUCGAUCAAAAACACCUGCGCCUGCUGCGAAGCUACAGUUUUGCAGAGCUGCUGUCGGUUGAACUGUGUGGUACCAACAAAGUGCAACUGGAGUUGAAGAAUGAAAACCUACAGCUACACUCUGCCAGGGCUCCUCAAAUCACUGCCACGAUACAAGUCUUCCUCAAAGAAGUCAUCAAGAAUUCGGAUCAUGUGGUUGCCCUGAAGAGCUUUGUAACAGACGACAAGAGUCUGCUCAGCUUCAGCAAAGGAGAUGUUAUUAAGCUACUCGCAAUGGAGGGCCUCCAGACAGGUUGGUAUUUUGGUACUUUGGGAGGACGCUCUGGUCUUUUUCCAGCGGAUCUAACCCAGCCAUCAGCCCCAUUGGACUACCAUUAUCUCAAACUUGAUCGAAGAGAUGAUAGGCAGAAAAGCAUGAGGGCUGCAAGACCCGCUACUCCGCAACAACAAACCACUCUGGUUCCCACCAGAACCGCCACUCCGCAACAAGAAACAAUGCUGGUUCCCAUUAGCAAGGACACCAGUGAUUCAGAGGUCUCAUCCCAGAGAUCAGUACAGACCUCCAUCCAGGGGACGCUUCAAGACUUCCCGAUGUCAGCAAUGGCUGAGUUUGCCAUGAAAAGCUUUAGAUUGAAAAACGAAGGCUUAAAACCAAGUGGCAGACAUUUUUCAGAGGCAGUUCAAUUCACAACGGUGCCCAUUCAAGAGUCUCUCAUUCUCUACAACGACCCUGAUAUCAACCAUUUAUCUGUUCAGUGCUUUAUGACCAUCAUGCAAUUCAUGGGCGAUACCGCAAUGAAGAAGCACACCUCUCAAGCUGACUGUCUGCGUCAUAUCUUACUGCUCGGCAAGGAAAGAGAGCUGCUGAGAGAUGAAAUCUACUGCCAGGUCAUCAAGCAAACAACCAACAACCCAAAUAAAUCCAGCUGCAUUCUGGGCUGGCGUCUACUCAACCUCAUUGCUGGCUUCUUCCCCUGUUCUGGAACUCUCCAUCCCUACAUUUCACGCCACCUACAGGACAUCAACAUGGACCAUGAACAUCAUUACCGAGAGCUGGCGUCUGUUUGCCAGGAUAACCUUCAACGUUCUAUCAGUUUCGGCGGCCGCCGUAACAUCCCCUCGCAUGUUGAGCUGGACGCCAUCCUGGCGGGUAAAACUUCACAGCUUAUUUCUAUCCAUCUGCCAGGAGGGGUGGAGUUCCCCAUCAAGAUAAGUAACUUCAGUAUGGCAACUGAUGCGGCAAAUCAGUUCUGUCAAGAAAUGAAUAUCUCAAACCUCUCUGAAAUUAAAGAAUUCUCCAUCUUUGCCACCCGACAACAAGAUGGAAUGGUUCGCCCUCUUCAUUCAAAUGAGUAUCUGAUGGACUUUUUGCUGGAUGAUGGAUGCAUCUUCUUAUCUCUAAGAAGAGUGUUGUGGAGAACCCCUUUUUCUUUCAGCAAUGCUCUCUACGUGGAGUUUCACUAUCAACAGCUCCUGAACGACUACCUGAGCGGGACGCUCCAGCUUACUCCUGCAGGGACAGAUCAUCUCAACGGGUCCUUCACACAGCAAAUGGCAGAACUGUCAGCUUUGCAAUAUCUGUCCCAAGGACUAAAGAACCAUCCCUCAUUGCAGGAGAUAAAGAAAUACCUUCCUGCUCAAGAGGGAUCAAAUGCUAACAUGGAUGAGAUCCACUCUUCUUGUGUGAGCAAAAUAGCAGCAAUGCAGUCCCUCGGCCCUCUAGAUGCCAAAAUACAAUUUAUUGUGUUUCUGAGAGGCCAGCGCCUGUUUGGCUCCAACAUGUACUUGGCCCAGAAAGUCAGCCAACGUGGCUGUCCUUCACCCUGCUUGCUCAGCGUCAGCCAUGAUGGUGUGCUUUUUAUUCAUCCCAAAACACAGGAGCAGGUCUUUCAAGUUCCUCUGCGUGACGUUCAGUCCAUGCGCACGGUACGACCCAAAAAAGCAGGAAAGCUGCCGUCGGUAGAUGUCAACUACGGCAAUCCCAGUCGGCCUGAGAAAGUAACAAUUUAUCUCACACAGGCCAAGGAGCUGUGUCACAUCCUUGCUAUGAUCAUGGAAGAGCUGAUCCGUCCUUCAGUCAACAGCAGCAUUCAUCAUCACUAAUAGACACACACUCAUUUUUUAUAUUCAAGGAAAACUGCACUGUUUUUUGGAAAUUUGCCCAUCAUCCACAAUCCUUAGGUGAGACAUGAACACACAUCUUUCUCUUUUCUGUGCAUUCUAAAGAUAUAAAAACAGCAGCUAAGAAUGCGUGUAAUGGGACACACCUACUCCGCCCAUAAAGCCUUCCGAAUAAAACAAUCCAUUUACAUAAUGUGACCUGCAUAUUAACCAAGCUACUGCAACAUUGUUAUUAUUAACAUUGUUACGCCGAAGAACUACUUUACUGACACCUUGCCACACUACACCAGCUAGCUACUAGCCGGCUAGCGACUAACGUCACCACACAUUCGCUCAUAGCACCUCAGCCGACUACUGGAAGGUAACGCUACAUCUUUGAUGCUGCCACCACUGCUGCUGUGUUUUUGUUUUUGAGUUUUGAAAAGGUAACGUUAGGUGUAGCAUCCUUUCCACGUUGCUGUGUGAAAUCAUUGCACCAAGGAAGGAAGUUCCGGGAAUGCUUAAAAUGACAAAAAAAAUAGUGAAUGUGCCUUAUACUACAUGGUCACAGCAUUUCUGGACAAUAGAACGCACCGGCAUUGAAGCAGCACCCACUUAAUUUAAAGAGAAACAGAUUCCUCCAUCGAUAACCCGCACCUGUCUACAAGCUGCAUGUUUCCACGUUGUGACAUGGGAUAUUUAGUACACUGAAAGAUAUUACUUGAUCAUCCGUCGAUCUCUUUUACGGCAGUUACAGAUCGUAAACGUCAGGCAACACAGUUUUUACUAUGCAUGUACAAUAUACGUCACAGCCACUCCCAAAAAACGUUAAGAUCUGCGAAAUUACAGCAUAAUCAAUUUUUUUCCUGAAAUCAUAUCCAUGGUGCAAGUACAGUUAUGACGUCUUUUCUUGGCUUCAUAAAUUAUUUUAUUUUUUGCCACUCAAAAAAUACAGACAAAAAGCAUUUGCUAUCAAGAUAUGUAUUUUCACUGUAUCACUGUAUUUUAUGUUUUGUUUUAUAUGGUUUAUUGAAUGUAUUCAUGUAUAUUAUACACAACCGGAUGUGACGUUUACGUCUGCGCUAUGUGUAUUGCAUACAUUUUUACAUAGCUCCGUCUUGGUGCAUAAAAACAAUAGAAACAUCCGCAUGCUAGCAAAGUCUUUUAAUAAGAGUCUCGAAGAAAAUAACCCCCAAUAUUACAUAUAUGAAAUAUGGUUAUUGACCAUUGACUGUAUGUUCAUACAUUUAAGAAAUAACUGCCACAACAUGUGACGAUGUAAAAAUUUGUGAAAGGAGGAAGUGACAUGUAUACCAAGCAUGUGCAGAACUGAUUGUGUUUCCGGUGCAGAUCAGUAGAGACAGACGCCUCUCCACACGUUCUCCAUGGUGAAGGCGCCGCUCGAACCACACGAGAUGUCGCGAGACCAGAACGUGACCACGUCCUUGUAAGCCACAGGGUUUGAAGCAGGAGAAAAAGGCAGUGGCUUAUACACUGGAAAUUACAGUGUAAUAAAACCUUUUUGGUGGAGUUUUAAUAGCGGGCUUUGUAGGCGGAAUUGGUGUGGCCCAUUGUGGGCGCCACACAUGGGAGGCGACAAACGACUGCGAUUGACGACACUCAUCGCCAACGCGUAGCAAACCAUGCAAACGGGAGGCGACGGGAAGCGACGAGCGGCUGUGACCAGCGACACCCGUGAGCGACGUCUUCACAUCAGGAGCGAAUUGUACGAGUCUCCCACGGUUUUGGUUGGCUGUCAGAUGUGGAGUGAAUUUGGGGGUAUCAAAGUAGUUCAGUGGAGGAAAAGCGGCCGGUGUUGAUCGAGUACUCUUACUACUCUUAGUACUCUAGUAACGGAUCUUUCUAGUGUUGAAGAUAAACGUACAUAAAUGUCAGUGUAAAAUAAAUGUUAACUUUUGUGAUAUGUUUACUCUGGCACAGAUGAGGUCCCAGACACUUUUUUCUUAGAUCUCGAUAUUCUUAUGUAGAAAUGUCAAAUAGUUCUGGGAAGUCUGACACGGCAAGUAUAGCGUACUGAUUAGCAUCCUGUCCGCUCAUUGGUCGAUCAGUGAAACGUCCGCUGAUUGGUCCUCAUUUGGGCGAAAGCGAUGAAAAGUUGAACACUUUUUAACUUUCUGGGAGCGCGUUGUGUGCACGAUGACAUGCACAAACACAAACUUUCAAACGCACAAAUUUCGCAUGUCGCUUUGCUGGACGGUUCCAUUGAAAAUGAAUGGAGGGGGAGUGAUCUUUAGAACACGCAGAAAAGGGAAAGACGUAUGUUCAUGUCUCCCACGGAUUGUUUUAAUGGCUGUCAACACAAGUGAGUAAAUGGUCUUUCACUUGUAUAGUGCUUUCCACCUCCAAGGCACUCAAAGCGCUUUGACACUGUUAGCACAUUUGCUGACUGAUGGGGGUUCAGUAUCUUGCACAAGGAUACUUCGGCAUGAUCACGGGAGGACACAGGAUCGAAUCCGCAACCAUGAGGUUGGGAGAUGAGCACUCUGAGCCAUGACGCACCCACUGAAGUGAGGAGCGAGAUAAUAGUCUUGUCUACAAUCAAGCAUGGUGGUGUUAGUGUCAAGAUCUGCAGUUCAUUGAGGGAAACAUGACUGUCGCAUACUGAAGCAGAGUAUGAUUCCCUACCUUGGAAAACUGCAUCAUAUAGCAGUUUUAGAGAUGCACAAUAUCUUUUUUUUCAAACCGAUAACUUUGUGCUUCUCAAGACCGAUAUGGUACCAAUAACCAAUUAACCAUAGUUUGUGCACACCUGGACAGACUCAAACAAAAUUGGACUGACCAACUGUACCUGUUGAGUUGUUCUAAUCAAAUAUGACAUUUCUACUGCCACUUCACGACUAUCAGGAGAACCACAGUAAAGAAACGGGAGGAGCCGCCUGGCGUGGCCCAGCAAGGUGCACACGCUGCCAGCUGCCAGUGUGAUGCCACGGAGGGCUCUGGAAAAACUUUUGCACUUUGCACAUAUGGACCUAUUUUCAGAAGCUGGUAAAUAUAUGACGCUUUCAAGCUGUACACUGACAACUCAAAGUUAUAUCCAAGCUUAAUUUAUAUAGUACAAUAUUGUCUUUUGAGAAGAUUUCAUAAAAUAUUUGCUGUCAUUGUGUAAUACUGUAUGUGUAAUAAACAAAUGAUCUUAAAUAUUACAUUCUACCACAGACCACACGUGAGAUUGAUGAUUGAUCCCUGUCAUAAGUCAGUGAUAGUGUAGUGGUUCACGUAGUCAGUCAGCUGGGUUAUAGGCUACACUUCCCCGGAACGCUGACCGCAAUAGACGUGAGUUGUGAAUGUUGUUCUCAGAGCAGUAAUUGAUCACAACUGGAUGGAUUCAAAACCCUGAGAAUAAAAUGACCAUGUGGAGAAGGAUGGUGUAUUGAAAGCAUGAAGUAUGGCUAACAUUUUACCAGGAGGGGCCUGUGUUUAACCAGAGGGGCACCAGAGACACGGCAAGAAAUGAUACUUAUGAACUUUAAAUUACAUGUCCCAAGAACCAGAUUUGACCGGCAAAGACCAGGUCGCCCAGACGUCCACCCAAAUCACAUUGCACCGGACCCACAUGCGUGCCCCUGCAGGUGGUGGAAGAAAAUGGGAGCGGGAUGGGAAGGAUGGCGCUUGAGGUCGACAGACGGAUCGGCGCAGUGUCUGCAGUAAUGUGGUCGCUGUACAGGAAGAGAGAGCUGAGCCGUAAGGCAAAGCUCUCAAUUUUACCGGUCAAUCUACGUUACCACCCUCACCGAUGGUCAUUAGCUUUGGGUUGUGACCGAAAGAGAGAUCACGGAUACAAGCCGCUGAAAUGAGUUUCCUCUGUAGGGUGGUCGACUCACCCUAAUAGAUAGGGUGAGGAGCAUGGUCAUCCGGGAGGGGCUCAGAGUACAGAGCUCUUUGACAUCGAAAGGAGCCAGUUGAGGUGGCUCAGGCAUGUAGUCCGGAUGCCUCCCAGACGCCUCCCUGGUGAAGUGUUCCGGGCAUGCGCCCCAGGAAACACACAUUUUCUUUGUAUUUGGACUUUAUAACAUCAUUUUACAAACAAUGACUUUGUGGUAUACACUCCAGAUCCAAAUUUUAAGACCAGUUGAAAAAUUGCAAGAAAGUACAUUUUGCACUUUUGGAUCUUGAGAGCUUCAAGAGGCAAAAAGAAGAAAUGGGAGUUAGACAAAAAAAUCAGAGUAAGCAAUUCAUUGCAAACAAGCAUUAAAGUGAAAUAGGCUUAGCUCAACAACAAAAAACCUGAUACCACUCUAAAAUAGAACUAAAGUGUUCAAAAAGACUCAGUAAUGAGUAACUUUUCACAACUCACAAACAACACAGCAGCUCGCUGCAGUAGGUAGUAUACCACUCAACAGUGGCUUGAGGUUUUGUGAGUGACGCUGAGACUGGCGAGGCGUUGUUACUCUGCCAGAUAAAUAGUUGUUUGUGUUAGCUGCACAAUAUCGCUGUAGCUAGUAUGUCGAUGGAACAUUGUUGGCGGGGGGUU